AUGUUGAAUCCGCAGCACAAAGCUCGGCUGGAGCGCCGGAUGGUUGGCUCAACCAACCGGUGGCGUUUCUCCAAAAUGCCUUUCUCCGGGGACCUGCUGGCACUUUCCCAGAAGUGCAAGGCUUUGAGCGUAGACUUCGAUGAAGUUCUGAAGAACCCAGAAAGGUUAUGCAUUUCACAAAUUCAGCAACUUUUCUGUGAGAAAUUCAAGCACAACGACAUCCCAACUGGGGAGGCAGGUGUGAUUCUCGAGUGCCUGGGCUUCAAGUGGGAACUGCACCAGCCCCAGCUUUUCCAGUCCGAGACCUUGACCAAGCUUUACCUGGCGGCCCUGGUGCGGGGCGCCACGUACCCCCUGAAGGAACUGGAGAAGCUUCUGCGAGCUCAGUUGCCUGGGAAGACCAAAGAAAGAGACCCUGUGAAAAAGAUAAUCAUUUUCUUGAAGAUCAACGACCCGCAGGUCACUAAAGCUGCCUUCUCCAUGGCCCUGAAGAGCCUCUACCUGAGCGAGGUGGAGAUGAACGAGGACGACGUGCUGGGGGUUCUGGCGUCCGCUCACAUCCUGCAGUUCAGCAGCCUGUCUCAAAGGUGCGUGGCCAUGAUGAUGAACGGGCUGUCACCAACCACCAUCAAGAACUUCUACCUGGCAGGCUGCAAGUACAAGGAAGAGCAGCUCACCGCCGCCUGUGAGAAGUGGCUGGAGAUGAACUUGGUCCCUCUGGUGGGGACACAGAUCCACCUCCGGAAAAUCCCACAGGACCUGCUCCACAAAGUGCUGAUGUCUCCCAGUCUGUUCACCUUUAGUGAAUUUCAUCUUCUGAAAACAAUGCUCCUGUGGGUCUUCUUGCAACUGAACAACAGAGUUCAGACAAUUCCAAUUCAUGAGACCGUGCUGUCAUUUUUUACCAGCUUUUCCAAGGAAUGUUGCUUUCUGGACCGGGAUGUAGGACAGAGAUUGAUGCCGCUCUUCCGUUGCUUGCAUCUGCACAGCAUCACCAGAAGCAAGGAUCUGGAGCAGUUAAGGCACAUUAACCUUUUCCCAGAGUCAUGGCUGGUCCGGGUUGCAGCCAACCAUUACCAUGCAUUGGAGAAUGGGGGUGACAUGGUCCACCUGCAAGAUCUUAACACCCAUGCUGUGAGAUUCGGGCUGCUCUUCAGCCAGGAGCACACAACUCAUUCACAAACGAUUGCUAUGUACGGAUUCUUCUUUGAGAUAAAGGGAAUCAGACAUGAUACUACCUCUUACAGUUUUUAUAUGCAGAGACUAAGGCACACAGACCUGGAAUUCCCCGACCUGGGCUACAAGGACGGCCCCAUCAGCCUGAAAGCAGAGCGCUUGGUGAGAUACGAGAUCAGAGCCCAGACCCUGGUCGACGGCAAGUGGCAGGAGUUCGGGACAAACCAGGUGGUACACAAGUUUGGGCUCACCAAGUCGUCCCGCAAGAGCAACACCUUGAAAAUCCAAACUGUGGGCACCCCAAUAUAUGCAAGUUUUGCUUUCAUCUUCCCAGGAUCUUGACAGUUUCCAGAAGAAUCUAUGGGAUUUCUCCCCACCG